AUGGCUCACGCGCGUGGCACGGAAGUACCGUCUCUAGCUUGUGUAUCCACAGUAUUCAAGCUCGAGGUCUGUAACCCAAAAUCUGACCACCGUGGGGUGUCACGGAAAUCCAGUACAUCGUUGUCGACCCCAAAGCACGAUCAGCCAUGUACCUCCUGGACGAUCACGAGAUCUUCGGGCCCGGCUUCUCACGGCUCACCUUCCCAGUACACUGGGACAUACUUGCACUCUUCGUCUGUUGUGACAGCCAAGCGUCAGCAGAUCUGUCCUGUUCAACACACGAUACAGGAGUAG